GGAGCAAAUGAUGCGUAAGAAGCAGGCUCAGCACCUGGACGCCCGCUACGUGACGAUGGUGGAGAACGCCUACUACUACUGCAACCCUCCGCCCAUGGAGAAGACGGUGAAGAAGAAGCGGCCGCCGCUGCAGGAGUACAUCCGGAAGCUUCUCUACAAGGACCUGUCCAAGGUGACCACGGAGAAGGUGCUCCGGCAGAUGAGGAAGCUUCCCUGGCAGGACCCCGAGGUGAAGAGCUACCUGAUCUGCUGCAUGGUGAACAUCUGGAACGUGAAGUACAACAGCAUCCACUGCGUCGCCAACCUGCUGGCGGGGCUGGUGGCGUACCAGGAGGACGUCGGGAUCCACGUGGUGGACGGGGUGCUGGAGGACAUCCGGCUGGGCAUGGAGGUGAGGAGGAAGG